GGAAGCGGAAGAAUACCGCUAAAGCAAACAUGUCGGCGGUCAAUUGAAAAGUUGCCACUAGUCAAAUUUUAGGCAUUGGGGUGUGUGUGUGUGUGUGUUUGUGUUUUAUGUUUGAACUUUGCGUACAAACCACACGUUGACACUUUAAGUAGACGAGGACUCCACGAAAAGAGGCAGGACAUUCGUUAUUAUCAGAAAUAAUGCUGAUAUCUGGGACUCAUGUCGGACGUCGUGUAUGAAGAGAAAGCCACGAUGAUUGCCGCAGGGGAAUUGCAGUCGUUUGUCCCGUUUGGCCGUGAUCACUGCAAGAACCACCCCAACGCCUUCAAUCUGCAAUUGCGGGAGCUGCAGCCCGCCUCCGAGCUCUGGUCGUCGGACUGCGCCGCCGGCCUGGCAGGGUCUUUGCAGGAGGUCAGCCUGCAGGAGAGGGACCGGGAAAGUUGGCAGUUGAGGAAGGGCUGCGUGGAAGCCCCAGAGGAGGAUGUGGAGUUUGAAGAGGAGCUUUACACGGCAGGGAACGUGGUGGUCUGGACCAAGGGCAGCCGGGCGCAUGGCUCAAACAUUUACAAGGCGUUCACCGUGGACAGCCCUGUGGAGCAGGCCUUAUGGUGUGACUUUGCUGUUCCUCAGAGCAAGAAAGACGAAGAAAAGGUGGAGCACACGGUGUGUAUCCUACAGAACGGAUGCGUCAACAUUCACACUGUGACCGGCAAGGAUUUCCUCUCGCCUCUGCCGUUCCAAGUGUCCAAAGCCUGGUCGACCAAGUUUGGACUUUUGCUGGAGCGUAAAAUCACAGCAGCUGACGGACAGCUCAGCACGCCAGGCGAGUCUCUUCCCACCUUGUUCAGCAUGCUGCAUCCGAUAGAUGAGGUGGCACCAGUGGUGUGCAAACCCACAGGUCUGUUUGACAGCACUCGCGUGGAGUACAUGUCCGACUCCGCCACAAAGAUUGUCUUCACCUGCUGUCGGCCUUCCAUUGUCGUCUCUUACGACAGUGAGCAAGGAACACACUCAGUGUGGAGCCUGCGCAGGGUCACGUGUGAGGAGCGCUCUUCUGUGCUUAAUUGUGUCACGGAGCCCUUCACUGAACCUCUGGGCUUCCUGGCCACAAGCUUUCUUAUGUCACACCUGCGCAACCACUCCCGCCUGGACUCCCCGUCCAGCAGCAAGGCAACCAGGUUAAAUCCUGCUGUUGGAGCAAGCCACCAGAACAGAAUUCUUAUGUCCUCACCAGCAAUGCAAACACGCAUCCAUUCCCCAGGUAUAUCCAAGAUGGCCGCUCUCAGUCGCGACCACUCUCCGGGCAUGGCGGCGCCGUCCUUAUCGGGCGUGGCUCGCUUCAACACGACCCUCCACGCCUCGUCACCCGUGGGCCACCACCAGGGAGCGGCACAUUCGCCCAACAGCACCAUCAAUGAGACAGUGCUGAAGCCCAUCAUCCCAGACCUAUGCAUGGAGCAGCUGUGGAGCGAGGCGACUGCUUGUCACAGCCUGGACAGAGAGAUGAGCAGCCAGGCCUCCAAAGUGUUCCUGACCUCUGACCUCUGUGAGAACCGCUACCUCUGUUUCCUGGUGGAGUCACACCAGCAACUCAGAUGCGUGAAAUUCGUCGAGAGCAAUGACACGUCUCAGCUCAUCUUUGCCUCUGUGACGAGCAUCGCUGCCAAAGAUGCGGAGCCUCUGCAGAACAUCAAUGCAAUGCUGGUUUUGGAGGCUUGCGGCAACCUGGUUCUCUACACAGGCGUCACCCGGGUCAGCCAGGUGUUUGUGCCCGGCCUACUGCCGUCUGCUUUCAGUUUGAACAACCACCGCGGUGGCCUCUACACGCCGCUGGAGCAAGUUAGCACACCUGCUAAUUCUAACAGCAGGCAUUUGCAAAGAAUGGACGAGGCUGCCAUGCCCUCACCAGUGUCUGAGCUAAGGGUUCCAAUCCUGAAGCACCACGAAGCAUCUUUUUUAGAGGACUACACCUUCCAGCAGUCCAUGCCCUACAUCCACGCCCUGCGGGACCCCGUCAGCAACCGUGUAACUCUGGAACUAAAUAAUGGCUCCAUGCUGAGAAUCUCCAUGCCGGACAUUGCAGUCUCGGAACUGGUGAGGAAAUGUCUUCAGGCAAUCCGUUUCAUCCUGCCCAAGGAAGCUGCCAUGAAGGUUUUGGUGAAAUGGUACACCAUCUACAAUGCCCCCGGCGGCACCAGCGGCCACGGCGAGUGGAACCUGUUUGUCACGUGUUUCCUGAAGCUGAUGGGCUACAACACCGAGCGCCUGACCUGGACGCGAAAUCUGAAUUUUGAAGUACCGCUCUCGCCGGUGAUUGCGGCCAAGAAAGCGCGUCCCUGUGAUGGAGGCUCUGAUGAGGACUGGGAAUACUUGCUGGGAUGUCAUUACCACCACCAGAUGGAUUCCCACCGUGUCAACAGACCAGCAGACUCUAGUGGCUUUAACGCGAAAGUCAUCCCAGACGAGGAGGACCUCUCGUCGGCAUCGCCCCCCUCCGCCACCUUGGACAACACGGCACCCCUCUUCGCUCACAUUCCAACCCUCUUCUACGUUCUGCACUUGCUCUACCAGGAGCUGCUGCUCAACGAGCUGCACCGAGAGAGGGCCUCGUCCCUCGUGUGUCUUCUGCAGCAACUUGCGAGAGACUUGCAAUUGGAGGACUACAUGGAUCUGUACUGGAGAGACUACCCCUCAUUAAUCAAUGGAUUCACAGAGAGCUACCUCAUAGACCAGUCUCUGAUUGCUCAGAUGCAGCAUCCGUCUUUUCUCCGUGCGGAGCCUCCCUGUGUCUUCAGCUGGCUCAGUAGCUGCCUCCGAGGGGAGGAUGUCCAGCCUUUCCCCUACCUGCCCGAUGUCUGCCUAAGGAUCCGGCUGUUGGUUUUGAGUUACGCUCUCUACAUCGGCGGUGACGACAAAGCCACGACAUCCAAUGUGUCCAAGUACCUGGUGAAGCUCUCUGCAGGCCAAAAGACCACUGAGGAGCAGUACAGAAGACAAACGAGUAUGAAUCAAGUCAAAUCCUGCAACGAGAGUCUGGCUGAGCAGCUCGUUGUCUGGCUCACCUCGCAAGGGUUCACUCUCAAGGACCUGGAGUCCGUCCCUUUUGGAGUGGCCCUGCCCAUUCGAGAUGCCAUCUACCACUGCCGAGAACAGCCCUGCGCCGACUGGUCAGAGGAGGUUUGCCUGUUAAUCGGCCGGCAGGAUCGCACCAGACAGGCCCACAACAUGACCCUGGCGAAAAGCAAAACUUCUGUGGGGUCUAGUUUGUCCUUGGAGCCUCCCGCGACCACAGAGGCUGACGAAGAUGAGGACGGAAUGUCGGACAUCAUCCAAGAGGUCACAGGACUGAUCUGGAGUCAGGAUCUGAGAGUCCAGGAGGUCCGCAGGCUCCUGCAGAGCUCCAAGCCAGUCCAGGUCUGUGUCGUCCAGCUCCCAGAGGUCUCAGAUCAUGAGUACAUCGAGGAGAAAGAGAACAAACUCCUUCAGCUCUGUCAAAGGACCAUGUCCCUCCCAGUGGGAAGGGGCCUCUUCACUUUGUUCUCCUACCAGCCUGUGCCCACGGAACUGUUAGCCAUCCCUAAGCUUAACCUCACAGGUCGUGCCCCGCCCAGGAACACCAUGGUCGACUUGAACAGCGGGAACAUUGAUGUCCCUGCCAACAUGCCCAGCUGGCCCAGCUUCCACAACGGCGUGGCUGCCGGACUCAAGAUUGCACCCGCGUCGCAGGUGGACUCAGCUUGGAUCGUCUACAACAAGAACAAGAACCAAGAGAUGGCCAAUGAGCAUGCUGGCUUCCUCAUGGCGCUGGGCCUCAACGGGCACCUCACUAAGCUUGGGACACUCAACAUUCAUGACUACCUCGCCAAGGGCCACGAGAUGACCAGCAUUGGGCUCCUACUGGGUGUGGCAGCGGCCCGACUGGGCACCAUGGACGUGUCGACCACUCGCUUACUCAGCAUACACAUCCCCGCCCUACUUCCUCCUACCUCCACUGAGCUGGAUGUCCCACACAACAUUCAGGUUGCUUCUGUAAUUGGCAUCGGGCUUGUGUACCAGGGAACGGGUCACAGACACAUUGCUGAAGUUCUUCAGUCAGAAAUAGGCCGACCUCCAGGUCCGGAGAUGGAAUAUUGCACAGACAGGGAGUCCUAUUCCCUAGCUGCAGGAUUAGCUCUCGGAAUGGUUUGCCUCGGGCAAGGCAGCAACCUGAUUGGGAUGAGCGACUUAAACGUUCCGGAGCAGCUGUAUCAGUACAUGGUAGGGGGCCACCGCAGGCCCCCGGUCGGAGCCAGCAGAGAGAGACACAAGUCUCCCAGUUACCAGAUCAAGGAAGGCGACACUAUCAAUGUGGAUGUGACGUGUCCCGGGGCCACACUGGCGCUCGCCAUGAUCUACUUGAAGACCAACAACCGGUCCAUCGCUGACUGGCUGAAGCCUCCAGAUACUUGGUUCCUGUUGGAUUUCAUCAAGCCGGAGUUUCUUCUGCUCAGGACCCUGGCCAGGUGCAUCAUCAUGUGGGAUGACAUCCUGCCAAAUACGGAAUGGGUCAAAAGUAACAUACCUCAGAUCAUGAGGGGGAAUCAUUUGGACUCACCCGAAAGCGUUAACUUGGAGACGUGGAUCCAAGUGCAAGACUACAUCACAGCCGGAGCUUGUAUGGCACUAGGCCUGCGCUUCGCCGGAUCUGCUAACUCGGACGCCUUUGACUGUCUCUACGAAUUUGCCAAGAGCUUCAUGAAGGUUAUGUCCUUUUACGGUUCACCCGCUAUGGAGCCAGGCUGCUACAACAUACAGACGGCGUUGUCCAUGAUUCUGCUGUCCAUGUCCAUGGUGAUGUCCGGCACAGGCAACCUGAAGGUGCUGCAGCUCUGCCGCUUUCUGCACUACCGCACAGGCAGCGAGAUGAACUACGGCUUUCAUAUGGCUCAUCACAUGGCCCUUGGCAUGCUCUUCCUGGGAGGGGGGAGGUUCAGCUUGAGCACCUCCAACUCGGCCAUCGCCGCUAUGUUGUGUGCCCUCUACCCUCACUUCCCCUCACACAGCACGGACAACCGCUAUCACUUGCAGGCACUGCGACAUCUCAUUGUGCUGGCCGCCGAGAGCCGCCUGCUGGUGCCGGUUGACGUCGACUCACUCAAGCCUUGCUACGCUCUCCUGGAGGUCACCUACAAGAAAACGGAUUGGUAUGACGAGACCACGGUAGAGCUGAUGGCUCCCACUAUGCUGCCUGAGCUGCACCUCCUCAAGCGGGUUCGAGUAAAGGGUCCUCGUUAUUGGGAGCUUUGUAUUGACUUGAUCAAAGAAGUGCAGCAUCUCAAGUCUGUCCUCUCCAAGGACGGCGUGUUGUACGUGAAACUCCGAGCCGGACAGUUGCCCUACAAAGACGACCCCCAGGGUUGGAAAAGCCUGCUGGGCUCUGCCGUCAACCAGCGCAGUUCUGGAAUCAGAGCCUUUAAGCUCGAGGCCAUCUCCACCUUCACCUCGGAGCCAACCCUGCUCUCCUUCGCGGAGUUCUUCUGCAAGGCGCCCGAUGGGAUGAAGCACCCAAAGGAGACGGUGGCGCUGUUCUCAGCCAUGUUGUACGAGUGUGUGGCGCAGGAAUGUCCGGAGAUGCUGCCCACGUACAUCGCUAUCCAGCAGGCGGUAGGCGCUCUUUGCCGUGGCGAGCUGCAGCACAGCUUCGCCCUGUGGCAGAUGCGUCUGGUGGUGGAGCUUUGGGACAGCAGGUUGCUACGGCGUCCCGGCAACUGCCGCGACGCGCUGCUUUCCUCAGAGUUUUUACCGGUCAUGAAGAACAAGGUGGAUGUUGCGCUGGACAGCUGGCUCAAAGACAACAGCUCAGCGUUGAAGUCUUACAUUUGCAGCAAGGCUCUCCCCGAUGGUACCCGGUCGCCCAUGUUGGCCUGCUUUCUGGUUUACCGCUCUGUCCCCUGCCUCAGGAACAAACUCACGCAGCUUCAAGGCUGCGCUUCACUCGGGCACUUGUUGUCCAGCAGCAGCCAGUUGGGAAUCCCACUCAGAGACCUGCUCAGGCUCGCUCCGGUCCUGCUGAAGGCUGAAACGGGGCUAUAUAUGCAACUUGGCUUCCCCUUGCUCGCACGCUGAAUCUUGAGUUCUCUCAAAGCCUUAUACUCCGUUCCCUUCUGCAUGUGUUACAGGUAACCUCUGUGGAAAUCUGAUUGGGAAUAAAGACUUUUGUAAUAUAAUGUUUCUAUGUAGGUUUUUUUUUUUUUGUUGUUUUUUUUUUUGUGUAAAUUUGAAGGUUUUUGGUGAGGAUAAUAAAGAGCCUGCACGCAUUUUUAAUAUUUGUUCCUAGUCCGGUUCACUGACUGCUGGGGGUGGGGAGGGGGGUCUAUUGUCAAAAAUAUAUAUAUACUACACACAAAAAAGUUUGGGAUUUAGGGUUUUCAGGUGAAAUUUCACAAUGACCCUAAACUACCUUUACAUGUGAGCUUAAUUUGAACUCUAAACUUUGAAUUGUCCAAUUGAAAUAACAAAUGGAGUAGUGUAUGUUUGUGUUCGGCUGCCAUUGUGUCAUGACAGUCAUUCAGAACGGAGUCAGUAAUUGAAAACAGGCGGCGGCUUGGUUCUGGGUGUCCACCACAUCUCCCACCCCUAACCCACAUGACAGAACUUGCAAAAUUAGUGACUCACCCAAGUUGGACUUGUUAUGUGUCUGAAGUCAAUAAAUAAAAGGGAAGACUCCUCAAAAUUCCUUU